GUUAUUAUUAUCUUAACGAUCUCUAAUGCCAUGAAUGGAGGUAUCAAAAGGAAAUUGUCGAUAGAUCACGAAAACAAUAGUGAAGAUGAUACCAUGGAAUGUACCAUUUGUUCUGAGAACUGGACAGAAACUGGCCCUCAUCGUUUAGUGUCACUCAAAUGUGGCCAUCUCUAUGGUGAAAUGUGUAUAGUUCGUUGGAUAGAUCGAUCAAGAGGUCCAAAAGCUCAUUGUCCACACUGCAAACAACCGGUUAAAAUGAAUGAUCUACGACCAGUGUUACCCAUCAAAUUAGCAGCAAAGGAUACAACAGAAAUUGAACUUCUUAGAAAGGAACUUGAAGCAACAAAAGCAACUAUGGUCGAAAGACAAUAUCAAUUGGAAAAUUCUCUUCUUGCUCUUAGUAUGUCACAACGCGAAAUCCAAAAAUUGACAGCCAGUAUGGAGAAAUUCAAUGUCAAAGAAAAUCACACGGGUGACACUAAAAGGGAUACAACUAUUUCGAAAAGACUUCAACAUUAUAGGACAGAAUAUUUGCCAAUGAAGGAUGUAGGUCCAAGGGUAAUGGCUCUAUAUCAACAGAAUAGAUCGGUAAUUGUAUCAACAAAAGAGAAAGAUCAGUAUGGUGUACAUAUAUACAGUCUGGACAAAACGGGUCAAGAUUCAUUUUUACCCAUUCAUUCUGGUGCUAUACGAGAUAUCAAAUGUCAAAACGACCUGUUACUUUCUUGUGGACAUGAUAAAACGCUGAAAUUGACAUCUAUAAAAGAUAAGCAAUUACUGAAUACGUUUCCUCUUAGUUCCACUGGUUGGUCUUGCUCUUUCCAUCUAGAUGACCCAUCUUCUCAUUUUGUUUAUUGUGGAUUAGCCAAUGAUACAACCCUUAUCUAUGAUCGUCGUCAACCACAAACACCAUUACAUCGACUUCAAAAUAGGUCACUAACAGGCGGAUCACCCAUCUACUCUAUCAUACCUUCCAAUAUUGCCGGUACACCUUUGAUUCUAUGUGGCAAUCUGAACAAAGUUUAUGCAUGGAAGUUUGACAACCCCUUAUUACAACCAUCCAAUGAUCAAACAAUAAAUGAUGCCCAUUGUCAUAUUUUUACCCUAGAAGACAUGGAAGAUUUUCGACCUUAUUCUCUGACGACAUCGACAAUAGCAGAUUCAUUCCUGAUAUCAUUACGACGACAUAAUUCAAGCAAACAUAUUAUUGGGACAAUCAACAGUGAUUUAACGAUAGACGUACAUCAUAGCUUUGGAUAUCCUUACCAUCAGAAAUGGGUAACUCGGACGAUUCAGUUUGACACUGAUGUUGGAUCUGUGAUAGGUUAUUCCAAUGAUGAACAUGAAACGUUAUGUUUGCAUGAACAUGAUAAAAUUGGAAUGGAAAAAACAUAUCCUAUUGGUGAACGCAUUUUUGAUAUUGGCCAUUGUUCCCUUGGUGAUGUUGAUAGUGAUAUGGUGGCGGUCUUGACAGCAUCCAAGCUUCAUUUGUAUAGAUAUAUGUAGAUAUUUCUUUUAUUACUUUAGUGUUUAUUCUUUAGUUGUAAAUUUUCUUUUUGUAUGUAUAUAUUAAUAAAUUCUUAGGUGGUAGAAAAAGG